GGUUUAUUGAUUUUUUCAGUUCGGGGAUUCUUUUUUUAAAUUUAGUUUAUGAAUGAAAUGGUGGAGAAAUUUGAUAUUUUCUAGUCUUCAAAUCUUCUUUCUAUUGUGUCUUGCAUCUGGUAUUCAGCCAUUGCGUACAAAAGCUCCGUCAUUUACUGGGGAUCAGAAAAUUACUUUGUUAUGGAAAGAAAGAACUAAAGCUUCAAUUCCAUCAAGUACCGCUGCUGCUGGUAAAAAACGUAACGCUGCUGCUAAUGGAUCUAACCGCAAUUCGGCCAAAAGGGGUAGGGGAAUGGGAGGCCUACAAAACCUUCUUAACAAGGCAUUUGAAGGUUUAAAUGGUGGACGAGCUGGUGGAAGAGGUGGUGCAAGACGUGGUGGAUGGCGGGGUCGUGGUAGAGGAAGAAGUUAUAGAUGAAACUGGUCGCUACUUUGCUGUAUAAUUCACACAAUUUACUGAUAUACAUGAGAUUGUUGUAGUUUUAUUUUAUUUAAUUUUUCUCACCUUAGUUCUUUAGAUUCAUAACUAGUAGUCGAUAUAUGAUGAAA